UGAAAGAUUACUUAUUUUGUCCCAAACACUGCACUCUACGCCUCCAACUCCAACGCUAUACAUUUCUUUCUCUCUUUCUCUCUCUACCAUUCACUCUCCAUUUUUUCUCUUUAAUAACUUUGUGUACAUACAUUUUUAUUAAUAAAUGAAAAAAUAAAGAGAGAAAGAAGAUCAUUUGAGAAAAGAGUAAAGCGAAAUCCAUUGACAACAGUCUAUUGUAGGGUUUUCUUUCAAAUUGGGGGAAAACCCAUUCUUUAGAAUUUCUUUUUGUACUAAGAGUGUUUUAAUGUUUUGUUCUAACUGAUAUUUAGUUCAAAGGAACUAAAAUGUCGGUUCGGCUAUGACCCGGAUUUUUCCGAUCUAGCUUGGGAAUUUAAGAUCUCUGCCUUCACAUUGCUUUGAGGCAGGGAGGUUAUAUGAAAGAAGCUAAAGGGAACAUUGUGCUGUUUUAGUGAGGAGGAGGGCGGAGAUGGAAUCUGAUUCGCUCCUUGAUUAUGCUGUCUUCCAGCUGUCACCAAAGCGCUCUCGAUGCGAAUUGUUUGUUUCUCGCGGUGGAAACACAGAGAAACUAGCAUCAGGAUUGUUGAAGCCUUUUGUGACCCAUUUGAAGAUUGCAGAAGAGCAAGUUGCAUUGGCUGUUCAGUCUAUCAAGCUUGAAGUUGAAAGGCGCAGAAAGGCUGAAUCAUGGUUCACAAAAGGAACCCUAGAAAGGUUUGUGAGGUUUGUCAGCACGCCAGAAGUUCUGGAGCUUGUCAACACAUUAGAUGCUGAGAUGUCCCAGCUUGAAGCAGCUCGGAAGUUAUAUUCGCAGGGAACAGCUGAUCAGUUUAAUGGGAUCGGUAGUGGUGGAUCUGAUGCUACAAAGAAGGAGCUACUGCGAGCAAUUGAUGUGAGACUUACUACAGUUCAACAGGACUUAUCUACAGCUUGUUCUCGUGCAGCAGCUGCUGGUUUCAAUCUGGAGACGGUAUCUGAACUUCAUACUUUUUCAGAACGGUUUGGUGCCCCUAGAUUGAACGAGGCCUGCAACAAAUUUUUAACGUUAAAGGAGAGGCGGCCAGAAUUAAUCAACUUACGGAAAGUAGAUGAUGGAGCCGUACGAUGUUCUUACGGAUCCGACAUGUCCAUUGACGAGGACCCCACUACUCCAGUCCAGCAACCUACUGGGUCCCACUCAGCCGGCCCCGAAAUAUCCUCAACGUGUCACCAACCAAAAAGAGAGUCCAGCUUGGAACCAGACAUAGACAAGAGUAACGAAAAGGAAAAAGAGGAAGAGGUUACAGAGGAAGAGAAAUCAGCUGAUCAAGCGAAACUGAAAAGGCGGUUAAGCGUGCAGGAACGAAUCAGCAUGUUUGAGAACAAGCAGAAGGAGAAUAAUUCUGGGGGAAGUGGUAAGUCUGCUGUGGCGAAAACAACCCCAGAGCUACGUAGGUUGUCGUCUGAUGUGGCGGUUCCGCCUGUGUUGAGAAGAUGGAGUGGUGCUAGUGAUAUGAGUAUUGAUUUGGGUGGUGAUAGGAAGGAUAAUGAGAGCCCUCUAUGCACACCAUCUUCUGGCUCGGUACCUCAGUCCAAAUCCAAUGAGCAAAAGUCAUUGAGUUCGACCGGUGCAACUGUACUUAGUGGAAGCGAAAUGGACAACCAUAGUAAUUCUUCUAGGGAUGUACAAGAUUCUCCGAGGACCAGGCCAAACUCGAAUUCGGGCAUUGUUGACGUUGAUCAGGGCCGUGGGAAGACGAGGUCAAGCUCACAUAUAAGCGGGGCUGAGGAUAAGAGUGUAAAAAAUCAACUGGAUACCGGAGGGCCAUUCUCCACUUCUCAAGGCGGUACGGAGCUUGAGAGGAGUGCAGGACAAGUUAGUCCUCAGACCAAGAUUUGGCAGGAUACUGGAUCAACUGAUCAUUUGGUUUCGAGGCGGGAUAAAGCUCCUCCAAGGACUGGGGGACCCGCUGCACAGUUGGAUAGCGGUUCUAGAUCAAGAGUUACAGAAACUUCUGCUGCUAAAGUCUUCGAAGGUAAUUCACCGAAUCUCCAGUCAAGAUGGCAAUCACUUUCUGAAACUGGGGAAGUUGAAAAGGAUGAGUUGUCCCCAUCUGAGAAAUUAUCUAGUGCUUCUCAAUCAAAGGUCAAAGAGCUUGGACGUGAACCAAUGAAAUUUAAGAAACAAGGUAAAGUGGUUUUGGGCGCUGAGGAGGGGCUUGACUCAUUUUCGACACCCCCUAUCGAGCAAGUUCAGAGGGUACGACAGCCCAAAGCAAACCAGGAAAUGAAUGAUGACUUGAAAACGAAAGCUAAUGAGCUAGAAAAGCUUUUUGCUGAACACAAAUUACGUGCUCCUGGCGAUAAAUCUAAUUCUACCAAGAGAAGCAGGCCAGGUGACGUGCAAAACCGUCCAGCUGUUAGUUCAUCCUACAGGAAAUCUGUGGUAGAUAAUAUUAGUAAUGCUAGGACUUCUGACAGUUACACAUUUGAUGAACCUGCUUCAGGUUCCAAGGAUGUUCUAAAUAGUAAUUUCUCUGAACUAAGUUUUUCGGAGGGUUCUCGAGGGAAAUCCUAUGAGAGUUAUAUGCAGAAAAGGGAUACAAAACUCAGGGAAGAAUGGAAUUCUAAGGGAGCAGAGAAGGAAGCCAAACAGAGGGCUAUGGAGAAUAGCCUUGAGAGGAGUAGAGCUGAGAUGAAGGCUAAGUUUGCUGGAUCUGCUGAUAAGGACAGUAUGGUUUCUAGUUCCCAUAUGCGUGCUGACAGACUCAGAUCAUAUAAUUCGAGAUCUAUUCUAAGGAGAGACCAGCAACAAUUAGUUUUUGAGCAAAGUGAUGACGAAGAAGAUAUGUCUGAUGUUCGUAAAAGCACUCGGGGUAAGAAGCCUUUACCUGUCAAAGGUUUGUCUUCAUCCACACCUCGCACCACAGUAGCACCUGUUCCGAGGUCUUCUGGGAAAGCUUCUAAUAAUACAUCAGGUAGGCGGAGAAUUCAAUCUGAAAAUCCUCUGGCACAGUCUGUCCCAAACUUCUCUGAAAUGAGAAAGGAGAACACCAAGCCUUCUUCCACAGCUGGUAAGACAACUCGUUCACAACUUAGAAAUUACACCCGGAGCAAAAGCACAAAUGAAGAGGUACCCCUUAUCAAGGAGGACAAAUCACGAAGAUCACAAUCCUUGAGAAAAAGCUCUGGCAAUAUUGUGGAAUUUAGGGAGACUUCCACUUUCGAUUCUGAUGGCGUUGUUCUGACUCCUCUCAAGUUUGACAAAGACGAGAUGGAGCGGAGUAGCACUGAUAAAUUUCCAAAGAGUUCAGGUUCAAGGACUUUACUAAAGAAGGGUAAGAAUACUGACUUAAGCUCUAGAGGUGGUCUGACCAAGACCAGGGCUUCUGCUGUAUCUAAGAUUGUGGACGACAAUGAUGAGUAUGAUGAUAUGGUAUUUGAACCCGAAGACUCCGAAGGCAGGGGCCAGGAUGAAGAAGAAUUUGAGAACAUGACAGCUGAAAUUCAGGAAAAAUUUGAUAACGGGGAACCAAGACUGACCAAUGAUACAGAGAAGUUGGAAAACUCUGGAUCAGAGAAUGGUGAUGUUCUGAGAUCAUUUUCUCGAGUGAACUCUGCUUCAGAAGCUGUAUUGCCUUCUAUUGUCUCUAACAAGUUGUUAUCUGGUGGACUUGUACAAGAUUCACCGGGAGAAAGUCCUAUCUCAUGGAAUGCACAUGUGAAUCACCCUUUUUCUUAUCCUCAUGAGAUGUCUGAUGUUGAUGCAUCCGUGGACUCUCCUGUGGGAAGUCCCGCGUCCUGGAAUUCACAUUCUCUAAGUCAAACGGAUAGUGAUGCAGCUAGAAUGAGGAAGAAAUGGGGAAUGGCUCAGAAACCUAUGCUCGUAGCAAAUUCUUCUCAUAAUCAAUCACGCAAAGAUACUUCCAAAGGAUUUAAACGGUUUCUGAAAUUUGGGAGGAAAAAUCGUGGCACAGAUAAUUUGGUUGACUGGAUUUCUGCUACUACUUCUGAAGGAGAUGAUGAUACAGAAGAUGGACGUGACCCUUCUAAUCGAUCUUCAGAAGAUUUAAGAAAGUCAAGAAUGGGUUUCUCACAGGAACAUCCAUCUGAUGAUAGUUUUUAUGAGAGUGAGUUUUUCAGUGAACAAGUUCAAGCCUUGCGCAGUUCAAUCCCAGCACCUCCAGCUAACUUCAAAUUGCGGGAGGAUCAUUUAUCAGGGAGCUCAAUAAAAGCUCCAAGAUCAUUCUUCUCCUUGUCGACAUUCAGAAGCAAGGGAAGUGACUCAAAGCCAAAGUGACUAUCCAAAGCCAAAGAUAGCUAUUUCAAAGGAUAAAGUUCCACUAAUGCUUGGAAUUGCCUUGCUUGUUCAUAACUUCAGACAAUAUUUCGCAGCAAGAGAUCGAGGUAGAUGACGCUACUAUCAUCUAAAUAUGUUGUAUACUUGUACUUAGUAAUCACGGGCCUUCUUAAGUCUUGCUUGUGCUUAGCUGUUUCUAGUAGUUGUCUCAGAAUAUAUGUUGUUGUAUAAUGUCUUGAGAGGACAAUGGCGGAAUAUUAAUCUGAUUUUGGUAGUCAUAGCAUUCAUUCUUAUGUUGUUGUUAACUCUUAAUUUUUUUUUGGUAAAUAUCAGAAGUUAAAUUUUGUUCAAUCAAAUACUGACAGUUUAGAAGGUUGGA